CCAAGAGACCUUAUCUCCGCAUAUAUAUAAAACAACCUCCAAGUUGACAUUUCUUAUUCCUCACACACAAUAUGAGCACCACAACGGUCACCGGAGAUUCAAACACCAUUGACACCACCGGAAAACCCGACAAUAACGUCACCUACGUCCUCGGGCUAGCCUUCGCCGUCAUCAUCCUCUUGUUCACUCUCUCCUAUGCUUCUUACAAGUGUAGGCGCGACACACGCUCUUCAUCACCUCCAGAAGGUGAUGAUCAACGGUUUAGGACAAGGAUGGUCUCUAGAGGCGUUGACGACGAUGUUCUCAAGACUUUUCCGGAGUUUGUUUACUCUGAGGUGAUGAUGGCUGGAAAGGGUGACUCUCUUGUGGACGCGAAUGGGUCAGGUUGUUCUAUUUGUUUGGCGGAUUAUAAGCCCGCGGAUGUUAUUCGGUUGUUGCCCGAAUGUGGUCACUUGUUUCAUCGGAAGUGUAUUGACAAAUGGUUGAGGGUUCAUCCUACUUGUCCCGUGUGUCGUAACUCGCCGUUGCUGGUCAAACUAGCGGUUCAACCGAGUUGACUGAUCAUGUUAAUAGACUACAAUAUGUAUAUGUACAAGUGAAAGUGAAAUAAUGUUGUAAUUGUUAUAGUGAAGUGGCAAUUUAUAUGAUGAUGACAUUGCUUUCUUUUGUUUGAA